AUGGCACCCUUUAAACUCCAUGGAAGCGUUGUAUCAACCAACACACAGCGAGUUCUGGCCACCCUUUACGAGAAAGAGGUAGAAUAUGAGCUUGUUAAUGUCAAUCUGGGAGCUGGGGAACACAAGAAGGAGCCGCAUAUUUCCCUCAACCCAUUUGGUCUGGUUCCGGGUGCUGUUGAUGGAGAUCUUAAGCUCUUUGAAUCAAGAGCAAUUACACAAUACGUAGCUCACCAAUAUGCUAGCAAGGGGACUCAAUUGGGUGCUGCUGGCAGCGGGUAUGCAACCAUUUUGGUAUGGCAAGAAGUGGAGGCUCACCAAUUCGACCCAUCAGCUUCAAAACUUGUCUGGGAGCAAGUUUUUAAACCAAUUUUUGGGUUAGCAACAGAUGCUGCUCUGGUUGCCGAGACCGAGGUUACCCUUGGUAAGGUUCUGGAUGUGUACGAGGCAAGGUUGUCUCAAUCCAAGUACUUAGCUGGUGAUAGCUUCACCUUGGCCGAUCUGCACCACCUUCCUAAUAUCCAGGCCUUAUUGAGGACUCCAUCCAAGAAAUUAUUCGAUUCUCGCCCCCAUGUUAGCGCAUGGGUUGCUAGUAUCACCGGAAGGCCAGCUUGGGGCAAGGUUCUAGCUUUGCUUCCCCAGUAA